CUCUCUCCCUCUUUUGUUUUUUCCACUUCUCUCCUCCUUUGCUUAAAUCUUCUUCAUCUUCUCCGUUUUCUCCUCCAUUCACUCCCUUUUCACGCUUAACAAUUUCAUUUCCAUCGGGAAACCCAAUCGUUUCAAUCUCUGCGCUUCUUGGCUUCGAUUGGGCUCUGUUUGAUUCAUCCAUGAUGCCUCUCAAGCAUUUGCACCAGUUGCUGGAAGAGGAUCAAGAGCCCUUUCAUUUGAACACCUACAUUGCUGAGAAACGGGUUAAUCUCAAAAGGGUUUCGUCUAAAACCGAUUUGCAAGUUAAAAAACGGAAACCCAUUUCGACGAAUUCAAUUUUUCCUGGAAAUUUCUGCAAAAAUGCGUGUUUUACGUCCUUCCAGCCUUCGCCGGAUUUCAGGAAAUCUCCGCUUUUUCAGUUUCGUUCUCCGGCGAGACAUAGCCCCUGCAAGAGCCCUAAUGCUAUUUUCCUCCAUAUUCCUGCUAGAACGGCUGCUUUGCUACUGGAAGCUGCUCUCAAGAUUCAUAAACAGAAAUCGUCUAUGAAAGCUAAAAAAACCCAGAUUAAGAAUCAGGGGUUUGCGCGAUUUGGGUCAGUGUUGAAGCGAUUAACUCUUCGAAAUCGGAACGCCAACCGUGAAACUGGAGAUUGUGGUGGUGGAGCGGAGUUGGCGUCGUUUGGGCAAAGAAAAAGCUCUGUUCGAAGGCACAUAGUGCAGGGCGAGACGAGUUCCCACAAUGGAAGGUCUAGCUAUGGCUUCUGGUCUGAAACCAACGAAGAAGGAAGAUCAAUGGAUUUGGGAACUUCAUGUAGUAGCCAAUCCGAGGAUUCAGAGGAGACUUCUGUUGCUUAUUUUGGGGAAGAUUACUGUGAAAGCCCAUUUCGAUUUGUUCUUCAACGAAGCCCGUCGUUCGGCUGCCGGACGCCGGAUUUUCCAUCGCCGGCGGCCUCUCCUUGUCACCGUUACAAAGAGGACGAAAUAGUGAACAAUGCAGAAAGUUUGAAAAAAAUUCAGGAAGAACAAGAUGAAGAAGAUAAGGAGCAAUGUAGUCCUGUGUCUGUAUUGGACGCUCCUUUUGAUUACAGCUACGACGAAGGGCAUGGCGACAGGGAGAGGGACGGAGACGGGAACGGGGAAGAAGAAGAAGAAGAUUACGGUUUGGAAUGCAGCUAUGCAACUGUGCAAAGAACAAAGCAGCAACUACUAAACAAGCUUCGUAGAUUCGAGAAACUUGCAGACUUGGACCCGAUUGAGCUUGAGAAAGUAAUGCUAGAGGAAGAACUAGAAGAAAAUGAUCACGACUACUUCAAUAACGAAGAAUGCGAGUACUACGAUGAGUCAGCUCAAGUGUAUAAUGAAAAUGAGAUUGAAUUGUUUGUGAAAGAGGUUGCAGACAGUGCAAACUUCUGUAAAUCCAAAUGGUUUCUCCCUCGAGACAUGAGGAAACUUGUGACCGAUCUCGUUUCCGAAGAAGAGGCAGAUCGAAGCAACGAUGAGACAAGAGAGGAUGUGAUACAAAGGGUUUGCAAGAGGUUGGAGAUGUGGAAAGAGGUGAAAUUCAACACGAUUGACAUGAUGGUGGAAGAAGAUUUGAGGAAGGAGGUUGAUGAGUGGAAGAAAAACCAGGCGCAGAGAGGAGAGACAGCCACUGAUUUGGAGGUUGCAAUCUUUAGCCUGUUGGUGGAGGAAUUGGCUGUUGAACUUUCUUGUUGAAAUGGCUAAAGUUUUGGGAAAUACAACAAAUUUCUAUUCAA